AUGAAUAAACUCUACGACGUCAUCAUCGUUGGUGCAGGACCCGUUGGCCUCUUCCUGGCUUGCGAACUACGUCUAGCACGCGCCUCCGUCCUAGUCCUUGAUCAAGAUCUCAAGCUCGAGUCCCCCUUCAAAGAUGCACCCUUAGGCUUUCGAGGUAUAAACACAUCGUCUGUUGAAUCCUUAUAUCGCCGUGGUCUGCUAGGCGAAUUCGUCGACCUCGAAAAACGGGUUCUAGGUCUCCAGAAGACGGAAGGGUUCCAAUUUGGAGGUCAUUUUGCGGGCAUCGGUCUCAAUGCAAACAAGCUGGAAUUGGAUCGUUGGGAGUACCGUCUUCCAGGCCCGGGGCUGAUCCCACACCAAACGACUCUUCAGCAUGUGGAGACGGUUCUCAGCAAGCAAGCCGAGAAAUUGGGUGUCACUGUACUCAGGAGCCAUGGAGUACAGCAUAUCGCAGCACAGAACGACAAGAGUGUUACGGUAGAAGCUGGGGAAACAAAUCAAUCAUUUACCGGCAAGUGGUUAGUAGGAUGUGAUGGUGGUCGAAGCGCGAUUCGCAGAGCUGCAGGGCUCGGCUUUGAAGGAACAGAAGCUAAACUCACGGGUUAUGCUGUCCACUGCGAGCUUGAUCAUCCGGAGAAAUUGAAGCAGGGAUUUAACCCGACGGCAAAUGGCAUGUAUGUCAGCAUAAUGAAAAACAGUAUGCAUCUAUUUGAUUUUGAUGAUGGCGCGUAUGAUCGGACGCAAAAAAUCACAAAGGAACACCUUCAGGAAGUCCUCAACCGAGUGACAGGUGUCACGGACUUGAAAAUCGAAAAAGUCCACUCUGCAUCAUCGUAUACUGACCGCUGUAUGCAAGCGAAUACCUACCGUAAGGGGCGUAUUCUACUUGCUGGAGAUGCUGCGCAUAUUCACUCACCGCUUGGAGGUCAAGGCUUGAAUCUGGGCCUGGGCGAUGCCUUCAAUCUGGGUUGGAAGCUAGCUGCAACAAUACGACAAGAGGCUAACAACGACAAAACCCCAGUAAACCUAGAUUUACUGGACACGUAUGAAGCCGAACGUCGUCCCAUCGCAGCUUGGGCACUUGACUGGACACGCGCUCAAGUCUCAAUACUGCAACCAGGGCCUUUUGGCAGGGCAAAUCGCAACUUAGUUAGCGAAUUCAUUAAUACAACCGAUGGGACGAACUUGUUCCUGGAUCGCUUCUGGGGCUUGACACAGCGGUACAACCUCGAUGGUAACGACGGCAAGAAGACUAUUCACCCUCUUGUCGGAAGUAGUGUGCCCGAUUUUGAGUUUGAGGAUGGAUCAAGGCUGGGGAGUAAGAUGGCAGCUGGACGAGGGCUGAUCAUCGAUUUCCAGGAUAAUGCGGCACUCAGGGAGUUGGCUGAAGAGAAGUAUGGAGCCAAGGUCGAUUAUUUGAAUGUGUCUGCAAAGGAUAGGCGUGGUCUUGGAGCUGUGAUUGUUCGACCUGAUGGUUUUGCUGCUUGGGCCAUAGAAGAUAACGAGAAACCAGACAUGGACGCAGCCAAGGCUGUUCUGGAGAAAUGGUUCGCUUUCUGA